GCUGAGUGGAAUUGAAGGCAGUCAAUGUCUGAGCUCUGGCCCCUGUGGGUAUAAUAUUCAUCUGCUCUGUCCCAAGGACCACACAAAGGAUCUGUUCAGUCCUCAGUGUAAGCUCAGAUUCCCCUGCAGUCUUCCCCCGGGUUGCCAAGGUUACCAAGUUUUCGGCGUCUCCCAAGAGUACUCACAUCUCAGAAACUCCAUGAGUUCUCUCACACACCCUCAGUUUUUUUUUUUUUUUCACAGUCACAGUUCAUAAGCUCCCACACAUUCACUAGGUCCUAACCUCCUUUUAUUUCUCCCCACCAGAGUCAGCACAGCUUUUACGUAUGUCCAAAAUGGUGCCUGCUCUUUGUCUUGCUCACCUUUGUAAGGUGAUGACAGCAUUUGAAGACCUGGCUGUGUACUUUACGUGGGAGGAAUGGCAGAAAAUGAACAAUGCUCAGAAAAUUCUGUACAGAGAUGUGAUGCUGGAGACCUACAGCAGCCUGUUCUCCUUGGGGCACUGCAUUACCAAACCUGACUUAAUCUUCAAGUUGGAGCAAGGAGCAGAGCCAUGGAUGGUGGACGAAUGCUUGAAUGAGAGCCUUCCAGUGGGCAUGAAAAGGGAUGACCUGAUUAGGAUCAACCAGGAAAGUCAGGACAACAAUCUGAAUCAGGAUUUUAUGAAAAAUAAGAAGACAUCAGCUCUCAAGAGAGUUGAAUUAAGAAAAACACUUAGUUUAAAUUCAAGCCAUAUUCCAACACUGAUUAUUCAAAAGGGAAUCUAUUCAGGAUUGAAGCCUGAGGAAUGCAAUAAAUGUCACACUGUGUAUCCCCCCAGUGGGCCUGAUCAACUACAGGGUGAAGAGAAAUUUGAUAACACUAAGAUACCUGGAAAACCUCUCCAGUUCUGUGAGCCUCUUGGUCAGCAUGACAAGAUUCACAUCAUGAAGCAGCCAUUUGGACCCACUGGACAAGCAAAAGUCUUCACAAGAAAGAUGUUCUGUAAAUCUGAGAGGGUUCAUAUGGCAGAAAACUGUAAUAAAUCAACUGUCACUUUUGGAAAAGCAACUCAAAUAGAAAAGGCUAUCUAUGGAAAUUCUAGCCUCAGUAUGCAUCAACAAACUCACACAAGAAAGAAAUUUUAUAAGUACAUUAUGUAUGUUGAACCUGUCAUUCACCAGUCACAUCUUACAAUAAACCAGAGACUAAAUACAAGGGAAAAACUUUACACAUGUAAACCUUGUGGAAAAUCACUCAGUUUUAAUUCACCUUCUGAAUGUAAUGACUGUGAAAAAGCCUUUGGACAAAAGUCAGUCCUCAGGAAACGCCAACAAAUUCACACAGGGGAGAAACCUCAUGAAUGUAGUGAUUGUGGAAAAGCCUUUGGACGAAAGUCAAGCCUCAUAAACCAUCAGCGAAUUCACACAGGAGAGAAACUUUAUAAAUGCCUUCAUUGUGGAAAAGGCUUUCUAUGGAAGUCAGACCUCAUCAAACACCAGAGAAUGCACACAGGGGAGAAACCUCAUGAAUGUAAUGACUGUGGAAAAGCCUUUGGACGAAAGUCACACCUCAUUGUGCACCAACAGAUUCACACAGGGGAGAAACCUCAUAAAUGUAAUGACUGUGGAAAAGCCUUUGGACGAAAGUCAUGCCUCAAAAUACACCAGCGAAUUCACACAGGGGAGAAACCUCAUGAAUGUAAUGACUGUGGAAAAGCCUUUGGACGAAAGGCAGACCUCAUCAUACACCAGCGAAUUCACACAGGGGAGAAACCUUAUAAAUGUAAUGACUGUGGAAAAGCCUUUGGACAAAAGUCAGUCCUCAUCCUACACCAGCGAAUUCACACAGGGGAGAAACCUUAUAAAUGUAAUGACUGUGGAAAAGCCUUUGGACAAAAGUCAGACCUCAUCGUGCACCAGCAAAAUCACACAGGGGAGAAACCUCAUAAAUGUAAUGACUGUGGAAAAGCCUUUGGACGAAAGUUAUGCCUCAAAAUACACCAGCGAAUUCACACAGGGCAGAAACCUCAUGAAUGUAAUGACUGUGGAAAAGCCUUUGGACAAAAGUCACACCUCAUUGUGCACCAACGGAUUCACACAGGGGAGAAACCUCAUAAAUGUAAUGACUGUGGAAAAGCCUUUGGACAAAAGUCAGACCUCAAAAUACACCAGCGAAUUCACACAGGGGAGAAACCUCAUGAAUGUAAUGACUGUGGAAAAGCCUUUGGACAAAAGUCAAGCCUCAUAGUGCACCAGAGAAUUCACACAGGGGAGAAACCUCAUAAAUGUAAUGACUGUGGAAAAGCCUUUGGACGAAAGUCAGAUCUCAGGAAACAUCAGCAAAUUCACACAGGGGAGAAACCUCAUAAAUGUAAUGACUGUGGAAAAGCCUUUGGACGAAAGUCAGACCUCAGGAAACAUCAGCAAAUUCACACAGGGCAGAAACCUCAUAAAUGUAAUGACUGUGGAAAAGCCUUUGGACGAAAGUCAAACCUCAUCGUACACCAGCGAAUUCACACAGGGGAGAAACCUCAUGAAUGUAAUAAUGGAAAAGCCUUUGGACGAAAGUCACAGCUCAUCGUACACCAGAGAAUUCACACAGGGGAGAAACCUCAUAAAUGUAAUGAUUGUGGAAAAGCCUUUGGCCAUAAGUUAGGCCUCAUGAUACAUCAGCGAAAUCACAUAGGGCAGAAACCUCAUGAAUGUAAUGACUGCGGAAAAGCCUUUGUAUGGAAAUCACACCUCAUAUCACACUGGAGAAUUCACACAGGGGAGAAACCCCAUGAAUGUAAUGACCAAGGGAAAGCCUCUGGAUAAAAGUCAAUCCUUUGGAAACAUCAGAGAAUUCCCACAGGGAAGAAGCCUCAUGAAUGCAAUGAUUUUGGAAAAGCCUUUGGACAAAAGACAAACCUCAUAUCACAGCAGAGAAUUCACACAGGGUAGAAAACUCAUGAUCGUAAUAACUGUGAAAAGCAUUUAGCCAUAAGUCAACCUUCAUCAUGCAUCAGAGAAUUCACACAGGGCAGAAACCUUAUGAAUGUAAUGACUGGAAAAGCCUUUGGACAAAAGUCAAACCUCAUAAUGCACCAGAGAAUACACACAGUGUUGAAACUUCAUGAGUGUAAUGACUGCAGAAAAACUUGAUUUUAAGUUCCAACUCCAAAUGCAUCAGAGGAUUCACACAGGGAAAUAACCUUAUAAAUGUAAUGACUGUGGAAAAGCCUUUUUCUAUAAGUUAUACCUCAUAUCAAAACAAUUCACACAGGGCAGAAACCUUAUGAAUCUAAUGAGUGUGGAAAAGCCUUUAUAAAUCAUAUGUUAUAUGGGAAUCAUAUGUUAUACAGGAAAGUAUACAGUCAAACCAAACACAAGACCAGGAGAUUAGAAAUCUAAAAAAGAUUGUUGGGAAUCUACAGGAUACUAUAUAAAAAAAAAAUAAGACCAACAUUCUGGUUCUAGGAGUUCCUGCAGGCAUGGUGAGAGAGAAAGGAUUAGAAGGCAUUUUUAGUGAAAUACUAGCAGAAAACUUCCUGGGUUUGGAAAAAGAAAGAGACAUCCAAGUACAGGAAGCACACAGAACUUUGAAUAGACAUGGUCAGAAAACAUCCUUGCCAUGACACAUUGUAAUCAAACUGCCACAGUGAAACAAAAAGACAAGAUUCUAAAACGCGUAAGAGAGAAACAUCAGAUUACUCUCAGAGGAUCUCCAAUUAGACUCACAGCAGACUUCUCAUCAGAAACCCUGCAGACUAAGAGAAAAUGGCAAAAUCUAGUCCAAGUCUGAAGAGAAUAAAGCUGUCAUCCCAGAUUAUUAUACGCUGCAAAGCUCUCAUUUGUGAAUGAAGGUGAAAUAAAGACCUUUCAUAACAAACAGAAAUUGAAAGAAUUUGCCACCACUUGUCCAGACCAGCAAGAUUUCUUCUUUUUUAUUUUUUUUCCACUGUGGCAGAUUUUAUCUUUGUACUAUGACUGUAGAUAAGUGGACUUUCUGCUUUCUCUGAAUCUCUGGAGGCUAGUAGUGGAUGUGGCCAGAGAGCUCUGUUCAGUCUCCAGGGUUAAGGGUGUGCCUCAGGUGACACACCCAAUUUUGGCAUGUCUUAUUUCUCCUUUUUUUGAUCAGAAGGGAAGCAUCUUCUGCUCAGUUGGGCUCUUCUCCUCAAUGGAGACCAGUGCCUGAGUACUAGCCCCAGUGGGUAUAAUAUUUGUCUGCUCUGUCCAAAGAACCACACAAAGGAUCUGUGUAGUCCUCAGUAUAAGUUCAGAUUCUCCAGAAAUGUCUCUCAUCCCCUUGGGCUAGAUGGUGAAAGUGACAUCUUAAGUUUUAACAUAUAUAUAUAUAUAUAUAUAUAUAUAUAUAUAUAUAUAUGAUUAAGGUUAAAAGUGACUGUAUUUGAUUGCAUUAAGUUUUAAGUUGGUCAUAUAGAAGGCACCAAUUGUUAAAGUGAUCAUAUCGAUAGAAUUAACAGAAUUAAAGAGAAGUAAAUGCUUCAACAUGGGAAGCAGUCCAUACAGCAGACUCAUAGAAUGGCAAUUGCUCUAAGUAACACUCAAUGACCUCAGAGUCCUCCCUAAAGGCAUUCUGGUCUGGCUAAAAAGCCCACAAGAGCAUUUCAGGCAUGGAAAGUUAGGACACUUAUGCAAAAAGGUGUGCCUACAUGGAGAGUCUCCCUGGGUGAGAGUCCUGUGGAAAGAAGUGGUCAUCAAAGAAGGAUGUACUCUCUUCAAAGGGAGAACUUUCACUUUGCUUACAGCCUUCUCUAAAUAUUGAUGGAGCUUGUGGAUUCAGAAGGCUUCCAUAGCCUAGACAGCUCAUGUCAAGAGCCUUGGGUGAUCACUGACAGCACACAAAAAAGUGUGAAUUCUUUUUUUUAUUUUUUUAUUUUUUUUUACUUUUAUUUGAUGAAUAUAAAUUUCCAAAGUACGAUUUAUGGAUUACAAUGGCUUCCCCCACAUACCGUCCCUCCCACCCACUACCCUCCCCUUUCCCACUCCCUCUCCCCUUCCAUUCACAUCAAGAUUCAUUUUCGAUUAUCUUAAUAUACAGAAGAUCAGCUUAGUAUACAUUAAGUAAGGAUUUCAACAGUUUGAUCUCACACAGAAACAUAAAGUGAGAAAUAAUAGAUGAUUUUUUUUAAAUGAUGAUGAAAUCAGAUCAGACCUAUUGUCAUGUUUAAUCCCAGUGAGAGUCAAAUUGGGAGUUGAUAAUUUCUUUCUUUCUUUUUUUUUUUUUCCCAGAGGAUCAGUUUAGUAUGUAUUAAGUAAAGAUUUCAACAGUUUGCACCCCCAUAGAAACACAAAGUGAAAUAUAUUGUUUGAGUACUCGUUAUAGCAUUAAAUCUCAAUACACAGCACAUCAAGGACAGAGAUCCUACAUGAGGAGUAAGUGCACAGUGACUCCUGUUGUUGACUUUACCAAUUGACACUCCUGUCUAUGGCAUCAGUAGUCUCCCUAUGCUCCGGCCCUGAGUUUCCAAGGCUAUGGAAGCCCUCUGAGUUCUCUGAUUCUUAUCUUGUUUAGACAAGGUCAUAGUCAAAGUGGAGGUUCUCUCCUCCCUUCAGAGAAAGGCACCUCCUUCUUUGAAGACCUGUUCUUUCCACUGGGAUCUCACUCGCAGAGAUCUUUUGCCAGAGUGUCUUGGCUUUCCAUGCCUGAAAUACUCUCAUGGGCUUUUCAGCCAGAUCUGAAUGCCUUUAGGGCUGAUUCUGAGGCCAGAGUGCUAUUUAGGACAUCUGCCAUUCUAUGAGUCUGCUGAGUAUCUCACUUCCCAUGUUGGAUCACUCUCUCCUUUAUUUAUUCCAUCGGUUAGUGUUAGCAGGUACUAGACUUAUUUAUAUGCUCCCUUUGACUCUUAGUCCUUUCAUUAUGAUCAAUUGUGAACUGAAAUUGAUCACUUGGACUAGUGAGAUGGCAUUGGUACAUGCCACCUUGAUGGCAUUGAAUUGGAAUCCCCUGGUAUGUUUUUAACUCUACCAUUUGGGGCAAGUCAGCUUGAGCCUGUCCCAAAUUAUACAUCUCUUCCCUCUCUUAUUCCCACUCUUAUAUUUAACAGUGAUCACAUUUCAGUUAAAUUUCAACACUUAAGACUGUGUAUUAAUUACAGAGGUAGUUAGCAGGCAAAUGAUAUACCCACAGGAGCCAGAGAUUGGAAGCUCUUUCCCAAGGACCACACAGGGAAUCUGUUCUGCCCUCAGAGUGGGCUCAAAGUCUCCUUCAGUCUCCCAUUGGGUUGCCAAAGUUACGGAAUUGUAGCGUCUCUGGAGAGUACUCACAUGAAUUCUUUGAGUUCUCUCCCCCACCAUCUCUUUUUUCACAGUCUCAGUUCAGUAGUACCACAAAUUUACUAGGUCCUAAUCUCCUGUUAAUUCCCCCCACCCAGAGUCAGGUUUUUCUGCUAGGCUCAGGGCCGGUGCAGAUCUGAGGUCACUCUGCUUAUGACGUAUGUCCAAGAUGGCGCCUGCUCUUUGUCUUGCUCACCUUUGAGAGGUGAGCAGAGAGAGAGAAACCCGUGUCCGUACCAGUCACUUCUUUUCUCUCUCUCUCUCUUCUAGUUAGCCUGGUGAACUUUUCCCCCUGGGGGUUCAUUCCCUCUAGUCUCCUUUUUCCGCUUGCCUGCCGGUGUCUCAGGCUAUUGAGGUUCGGCUCACCUCACGUUCCAGCACUGGUGUGUUGAGUCUGCUGCUGGUGUCCCGAACUGUGGGCUCCCAUGCUCUCCACACAGGUCCACUGUGAAUCAUGCAUUCCGGAAAAGUUUCUUCUGCUGUUUCUUCCCCUACUCUUCCUUGAACCUGCAGUAUCUCCACUUUUAUUAAACUGUCUCUCCCCAGACUAUCAGUGUGCUCCCUUCCUAUUCCGCCAUCUUGCCACCUCCCACCAUAUUCACAUUUUAAAGUAUCAAUUUUGCUAACAUACGUAUAUUUUGUCACAGUAAAUUUAUAAAAUAUGUUUCAAGAUUUCUACUGCCUCCACAUGCAAACAAAGGUAUAUAGAAUAAACACAGCCUUCUCUACCAGAUCACUUAAAGCACUGUAAAAACAUAUUGUAAUUGAUUAAUUUUUAAAAGAAAACUUCUUAGAAUUCCACAUUCCUCAAUUAUCACCAACUUUUCUAUUGCUUUUCUUAGUAAAAAUGUUUUAAGUUCUCUGAACUUAUCCAUAUCACUCAAUUCUAUAGCAACCAUCUAUUGAAAUGGUUCCUUAACAAAUUCAAUUAUCAGCCACCUGUAAAUCAUUCAAGGUCAUUGAUAUAGUGAAAUAUUUUCUUGCUAUGACCCAGGGAAGAUACAAUCCUGUUUUUAUUUCCAGAAAAAGUUAUCACUGCUAACAUUUUUGCAAAAGAAAAUGAAGGAUUUAGUUUACUUUUUUUAUCCUGAUCACAUAAACAAUUUUCAUCAUUCAUUUGUAGCAGACCCCUGCAUUAAAAUCAAUUAACUGAGUAUUUCAUUUAAAAACAAUGGAGAAAAGCAAUUAGCCUACUAAUAUAGACUGCAUCUGUUGGUGAACUAAAGGUAGAUAUUUUGCGCCUCUGGACACAUUUUUGAGGUACGCUUGAUAGGAUUUGUUUACAGACAAGAGAGGAGUUGUGAAAGAGAUUAAUCAAGAAUUGCACUGUGGGCCAGUGCUGUGGCUCACUAGGCUAAUCCUCCACCUGCAGCACUGGCACCCCAGAUUCUAGUCCCAGUUGGGGCACUGGAUUCUGUCCUGGUUGCUCCUCUUCCAGUCCAGCUCUCUGCUAUGUCCAGGGAGUGCAGUGGAGGAUGGCCCAAGUGCUUGGGCCCUGCAUCUGCAUGGGAGACCAGGAGGAAGCACCUGGCUCCUGGCUUCAGAUCAGUGCAGCGCACCAGCCAUAGGCCAUUUGGGGGGGUGAACUAAUGGAAGGAAGACCUUUAUCUUUGUCUCUCUCUCUCUCACUUUCAAUAACUGUCUCUCUCACUGUCUACUCUGCCUGGCAAAAAAAUAAAUAAGUAAAUAAUUGCACUGUGGAUCUCAGCACAGCAACUGCAGAAGCUGCCAUUAACUCAAGUAGGGAAGACUACCUAAAUGACAGGUAUGAGAAAGAAUAACAUUAGUAAUAUUUUGGACCUUUUGGGAUUUAAAUACACAAUGGAUAAUCAAAGAGAAAUCUCAAGUAGGCAGUGUGAUAUACCAAUCUGAAAUUAAGGAGGGGUUCCUGGGCUGGAGAUACAAAUUUGGAAACCAUUAGUGCAAACAAGGAUGUAAAAGUCAUUAGAAAGAAUAUCAAAGAUUGAGCUCUACAGCACUUCUGUUUAAAAAGGAGAUGAGAAAAAAUCAAAAGAAACAGGCUAUUAUGGAUACACUAGAAAAGCAAUAGGAAAACUAGGUGAGUGAUAGUUUUAAUGCUUAUUUCAGAAUAUUUAUGAGUGAUAUGACCAGCAUUUUCCAUUUUUGAUUUUUGAAUGAUAGCAUUCUAGCUGGGGUAAGGUGACACCACACUGUAAUUUGUAUUUGCAUUUCCCUGAUGGCAGUCAUCCUGGAGUUUUUUCAUCUGUCUGUUGGCCUUUUUUUUAAAGAUGCAUUUAUUUAUUUCAAAGUCAGAGUUACACACGGGGGGGGGGGCUUCUACCCAAUGGUUCACUCCCCAAAUGGCUGCAAUGGCCAGAGCUGAGCCAGUCCGGAGCCAGGAGCCAGGAGCUUCUGGGUCUCCCACGUGGGUGCAGGGGCCCAAGGACUUGGGCCAUCUUCUACUGCUUUCCUGGGCCAUAGCAGAGAGCCAGAUCAGAAGUGGAGCAGCUGGGACUUGAACCAGCACCCAUAUGGAAUACUGGUAUUGCAGGCGGUGGCUUUACCUGCUAUGCCACAGUGCUGGCCCCAUGUUGGCCCUUUUUAUUUCAUCCUUUGAAAAAUGCUUGUUCCUGCCCUUGCACAUUUUUAACUGGAUUAUUUUGUUGUUAUUGAGUUUCUGGAACUCCUUAUAUAUUCUUGAUAUUAAUCCUUUAUUGGAUGCAUAGUUUUCAAAUAUUUUCUCUCAUUGUUUUCAUUACCUCUUCACUUUGUUAAUUAUUUUCUUUUUUUGUGAAACAAUUUCUUAGAUUGAUGUAACCACAUUAGUCUAUUGGUAUUUUUUUUAUUACUCUUGCUUCUGCUAUCUUAUUCAAAAAUUCAUUGCUUAGGCCAAUAGCCUUUCCCCUAUGUUGUUCAUCAGUAAUGUGAUGGUUUCAGGUAUUAGGUUUAGAUCCUUGAUCCAUUGUGAGUUGAUUCUUGUAUAGGGAGUAAGAUAUAGGCUUGAUUUUGAACUACAGCAGUGGAAAUCCAACUUUCCAAACAUCAUUUAUAGAAGAGACAGAAUUCAUUUCUAAAAUAUUUAUUUAUUUAUUUAUUUACAAGACAGAGAUACUGGUAGGGGGGGAGAGGAAGAGAGACAGAGAAAGAGUUUUACAGUCUGCUGGUUCUCUCCCCAAAUUGCUGCAAUGAUCAGGGCUGGGCCAGGUCAAAUUCAAGAGCACAGAACUCCUUCUGGGUCUCUCACAUGGGUGCAGGGACCCAAGGUGCAUUAGAACAAAGGUGGAUUGGAAAUGGAGCACCUGAGGCUUGAACCAGCACCCAUAUGGGAUGCAGAAACUACAGGUGGAAGCUUGACAUUCUAUGCCCCAGAGCCAGCCCAGAAGCAACAGAAUUUUACCAAACUUUGAAGGAAGAACUGAUCCCCAUUCUUAAAUUAUUCAAAACAAUUGUAAGGGAUUAGCCUAGUGAGCCACGGCCCUGGCUGUUAAAUUUUCAUAAUAUGAAAAUCAUUGGUGUUCAUUAUUUUCUUUGCUUGAGUUCAGAUCCAAAACUUGAAGAAAGAAACUAUUAUGGCAAAUUAGGCACAGUUUUUAUGCUUGAGAGAUUUCAGUAUGUUGUGUAUAUUCAAACUGCUACAGCUUCAUGCCUCCUGCUUCUGAAGCAGUGUAUGCUGAGCACUUGAGAGAGACUGGUAUGCAUUUGCUUGUGUAUUUUAAUAUAAAUAUGUAACUUCCUUUACACUCUAUGUUGCUAACUCAUAGUUCACAUGUGUUGUUAUCCUAUUAAUAAUGGGCCUUGUAAGCUUUGAACCAUUUGCAAAUAAUAAAUAUGUACUGCUGCAUAUUA